GAUUCAUAUUUCCGAGGCUGUUAUUUGUGUUCUGGACUCAACUGGCUGGGCUAGGCAGAUAGGAAGGACCGAAUAGCACCCAAGACUGCUCAGGGCAUACGUUGUAACAGUGGCGACGGGGAUUUUGGUACGCAAAAGAAAAAAGUAUACAGUUUUCGACGGGGAUUCUGGAAAAAAAUACAGCAAUCAAGACUGCUCGUACGAUUUCAAUCAUCAUUUGCAUCCGAUCAAUAAAUUCACUCCUCUCUAAAUUGGCGUUCAUAUAAAUUACGGGCCCAUACGAUAUAACAACUGACGACAGGGUAAAAAAAAUGGCUCUAACUUCCGAUCAAUUUCAGUUGCUAAUUCAGAGACAAGAGCAGCGUUUUAAAAAGAGUCAGUUGGAUUUCAUUGACAAGUUACACGCGACGCUGCUGAAUCACCCUUGCUUUGGGGGUGCAACGGAAGUUGACGCAUUGAUUUCUAAAUUGCGUACAGAACUGGAAGUCGAUUACAGAACAAAUGAAUAUGCAGAGGAAAGCCUCAAUGAAUCCGCGAAAAACAGUAAUUUAGAUGCAGCAGUAACAGUCCUACAUGAUCAGCCCAGUAGUCCGGUGCUGCCUGUUUCAGAGACAUGCCCUAUACACGGUCCAAGUCCUAUUAACCCCGAAAACGGACGUGCAAACAGUGGAUCAACCUGUUUACAGAAAGACAAUGUUUUGCUAAAUGCUCAUGGAAUUACUGUAGUACCCGCCCACGAAGAAACGGGGAACAAAUCGGCCAGUAUAUUGAAUACAGUGACGCCAAAUCAAACCAGUCAUGAUGCAAAAAAGUUUUUUUAUGAAUCUAAUGAUCAAGAUUAUCUAAUUGUUCUGCGAGAUCCCGAUUAUUUUGCUGAUUCAUAUGUUCCAGUUCAAAUCUCUUAUAAAAAUGGGAGAAAAAUAUCGGAUGCAUUAAAUGAUAAUCAAGAAUCCAAUACAAAUUUCAUAGAUACUGAUUAUCCUAAUGAUUCAUUAUUUACUAAUGAGGUUCCGAGUAAAUUCAAGGAAAGUGUUUCAGAAGAAUCAGACGCUGGUGACCUCAAAUCGAAUGUCGUCGAUCCUCACGAUCUAAUAAGUUCUCGUGGAUUUUCAGUUAAAUACGACGAAUAUGUUUUAAAUAAUGUCACAAUAAUGGUAACUUGGGUACAUGAGGAUCCAACAGUCUUUCGUGGGGGAGGAUGAAUUCGAGAAAUUUAAAAUCCGGAUGUCAACUCCGUAUUUCUCAAAAAGGGGAGGUGUUAUAUCCCCUGGUGAAUUAUGAAUGGUAACUCUAAGGACUAUUUAUCGACCAAUGUAUUAUGACUAUUUCUUAUUGUACAGUUGUUACGUAACUAAAUUAUUCAUAUUCGUGUUUUCUAUUAUUUUGAUCUUUGAUUUAUGAUCAUACGAUUCUUGAGUUAUAAUCAGUUUAUUGAUUACUUUGGUUUGUAUAAAAACCCAGUAUGCUUGUAAAUAAUGAUUCAUAUUUCCGAGGCUGUUAUUUGUGUUCUGGACUCAACUGGCUGGGCUAGGCAGAUAGGAAGGACCGAAUAGCACCCAAGACUGCUCAGGGCAUACGUUGUAUCAGUGGCGACGGGGAAAAACUACAAGACAUAUCAGUGGCGACGGGGAAAAACUACAAGACAUAUCACUGGCGACGAAAAAAAAAAAUGACAAUGAGUAUUUCUUUAGAGCAAUUUGAAGCUUAUAUGGAGCGUCAAGAAAAACGGUUUGAACAGUCUCAAAUCAGAGUCAUGGAAGCUCUUAUGCAGAAAUUAUGUAUGUCUCAACAAAACUCUGCUGCUGGUGAAUUUCAAGUAUCUCAUACUGACUCAGUUAUUAACGCAAUCCAUGAAUUUAAUUUUGAUGGUGCAGCAGGUGUCACUUUUAACUCUUGGUUUAAGAAGUAUGAAGAUUUGUUUCAUAUUGAUCUCUGCAGACUGGAUGACGCUUCAAAAGUCAGAAUACUUCUAAGAAAGCUUGGGACAACAGAACAUGAACGCUAUAGUAACUUUAUUCUCCCGAAGAACCCACGAGACUUUAGUUUUGAUGAAACAAUUCAAACCCUGUCUCAAAUCUUUGGAGAACAGUCGUCUCUAUUUAAUAUCCGUUACCAGUGCUUGAAGAUAACGAAAGAAUCAGGAGAUGACUGGGUGAAACAUGCAGGUAUUGUGAACCGAGAAUGCGAGAGGUUCAAUUUGUCUUCCAUGUCUGAAGACCAGUUUAAAUGCUUAGUAUUUGUCUGUAGCCUGCGUUCACCUGAGGAUGCUGACAUCCGAACGAGAAUCCUAAGCAAACUUGAGCAUUGUCCCAACAUGACCCUGCAGGAAGUGACUAAUGAAUGUCAAAGGUUAGUGAAUUUGAAGCACGAUACCUCGAUGGUAGAAAACACUAACCAGUUCCUCCACGUUAAUGCUGUUGAGAGGAAAGUCGAGCAAGGUUCCAGUAUACAGAAUUAUCGAAAUGAUUGCGGUAAACCAUCAUCCCCAUGCUGGUUAUGCGGAGGUUGGCAUUUCAAAAGGUUUUGUCCGUUUAAAAGUCAUCGUUGCACUACGUGUUCCAGGAAAGGACACAAAAAAAGUCAUUGCAAAACCCGUAAACGUCGUCAACCUAAAGUUUAUUCUAAAAGAUUCAAGCCACGCACAGCCAAGGUGACGGUAGCUGCUAACAGAAUCGGCUCCCAUAAUCGUAGAAAGUAUGUUUCCCUCAAGAUUAACGGGUACGAUGCCCGCUUACAGCUGGACACAGCCUCCGAUAUAACGCUUAUAAGCAGGAGGACGUGGGAGAAAAUUGGGAGGCCGAGAAUAUUUUCAACCUAUCAGACAGCACACGGCGCAUCUGGGGGGAUUAUAAACGUUGCUGGUGAGGUUCACUGUAAAAUCACAGUCGCAGAGCUUACAAAGAAGGGAGUAAUAUUUUUGACAGAACGGCCAGCACUCGACUUAUUGGGACUUGAUUGGAUAGAAAAGUUGAAAUUAUUAGAUCGUCCCAUAAAUUCAAUCUGCAACAACGGCACUAUGUCGAAAGUUGGGGACCCAACAUUGUUUCGUGGGGGAGGUUGAAGUCAGCAAAUGCAGUCUGGAUACCUACCCCGCUUCUUCAAAAAAGGGGAGGUGUUAGAUCGGCAUACAAUAAACUCUAUCAGAGCCUCCAGAGAGGCUCAUAAAGAGACCAACCAAUCAGUGAUCAGUUAGAAGCUAUGCUACUAAAAAUGCUACUAAAAUAACAAGGUCCUGAUUGGCUGUUAACAUAUUGCUACUAUGGAAUCUCAAGGUCUUUCUAAUUACUAUAAAACCCCUGUUUUUUCUGUACAUAAUCGAACCUUGUAGUAAAGUGAUUUCUCUGUU